CAAAAACAUUCUUUUAGAGCUAAAAAAAAGUUUCUUUAAAAAAAACUUAAACUUCUCAAGUGAGUGUCGCUGUCACGUAAAUCGAAUUCAUAUUGAGGUGGUGGCAUCUGAAGGAAGAGGGAGAAUAAGAAUUUGUAUUUGUCAGUAGACAUUCUACUCGCUGUGUGUAUCAUCACAAUUUUAAAAGAAAUUGAAAAACUUUUUUUUUGCUUCUCUUGUCUUCUCAUUCGUGAAUUGGAAUCAGCCGAAGGAAGAUUGAAAAAUCAUGAGUUUGAUCGUAAAAGUUUGUUUGAUUUUUCUAUUAUGUUCGGUGGUGAACGGCAAGUUAACCGAGUAUGUGAAAUGGCAAAGUAUAAAUUACAAAAAUUUACCAUACCCAGGAGACUCAUCAUUUUAUAAUCCAUAUGUGAACGUUCCCUUCGGUUUAGCUCAUUAUGGAAAUAAGCUAUUUGUAGCUAUAGCAAGACGUAAUCCAGGCAUACCAUCCUCAUUAAAUGUUGUUGAAUUGACGGGAAGUCCACCGUACAUUAAUCCACCGUUAAUAAGCUAUCCAAAUUGGAAUAUGAAUAUGUUGAAUCUCGGUAAUCAACCAAAUCCAGCGAAAAUCGUUUCAGUUUAUCGUCCUCGAGUUGAUAGAUGCGAUAGGCUAUGGUUUGUUGAUACUGGAGUGUUGGAGUAUCCGAAUAAUCAAAUAAAUGUUCAACGACCAUCAAUUUGGGCAAUUGAUUUAAAAACCGACAUCGUAAUUGGACGAUUUGAUAUUCCUGAAAACAUCGUUCCAAAUGGACGCGGAUUAGCUUCAAUUACAAUCGAUGAUGAUGAUUGUGCAAAUACAUUUGCUUAUAUACCCGACUGGAUGAAUAAUGCACUGCUAGUUUUUUCAGCACAACAAGGCAGGAUUUGGAGAUAUAAUCACAAUUACUUCUUUUUUAAUCCAUUUGAAGGUGAUUUCGACGUUGAUGGACUGCAGUUUCAAUGGAAUGAUGGGAUAUUUUCGGUUGCAUUGUCGAAAACAAAGCCAAAUGGAUAUAGAACAGCAUUCUUCCAUCCACUUGGUUCCUUUAGUGAAUUUACUGUGUCGACUGAAAUAUUAAGGAAUGAGACGCUCGCAACUCGCCGUACUCAUGGGAAAGACUUUAAAUUUGUUGGCCAUCGUGGCACAAAUACACAAUCAGGAUCGCAUGCUGUUGACUUGAAUACGAAUGUAAUGUUCAUUGCUGAAAUGCAAAAUAAUGCUGUUAGCUGUUGGAAUAUUAAAAAGGAUUUGAAGAGAACAAACAUGGAUAUUGUGGAACAAAAUAAUUCUACGCUCAUUUAUCCUGUGGAUUUGACUAUUGACAGAGAAUCAUCAUUAUACGUCCUCUCAAAUCGCUUACCACGCUUCAUUUAUGACCGCUACGACACAAACGCUUACAACUUUAAUAUUUGGCGUGAAAACAUAAAUGCUGCACUUUCCGGCACAACAUGCUUAAAAUAAAUUAUUAUCUUCCAUAGUAAGUUUAAGUUGUACCACGAUGCUGCAUCAAUUACGUUCAUAUUAAAUUCUCUUUCCACUUUAGAGCUCGAUUUAUAUACUUUUUUUUGCACUGUAUAAAAAAAAAGAAGAAUAAAUAUUUUAGUUGUUGCAACAGCAUUAAAAAGUGAAAAAAAAA